AUGUCACCUGGUUACUUGGGAUCGUGGUUUGAAAGCACUGAAGUCCAUUUACCUGAGAAUACCAGUGACUACGUUCUUGAUUUCUCUGUCAGAAUGAAUCUAAAAGGUGAAGGUACGAUCAGUGUCGGAAUUUUGGCUUUACUACUGAUGAGCAUAUUGGGUCUCUCUUCACUGCCGUCUGUUGGUGCCAUUCUCAACUGGCGGGAAUGGCGUUUCGUUCAAAGUCACUUGGGAUACGUGACGCUGUUUCUCGUCACUGCGCAUGUCGUCAUUUUAGCGUUGCCCGGAUGGAUGAGGAGUCCGGUUUAUCUAUCUAUCUAUCUAUCUAUCUAUCUAUCUAUCUAUCUAUCUAUCUAUCUCAGAAAUAUUAAUUCAAAAAUUCAUCUAUCUAUUCAUAUCUAUUCUAAAUAUCUAUCUAUCUAUUUAUCUAUCUAUCGAUCGAUCGAUCGAUCAAUCUAUCUCAUAAAAACUUAUAUAUAUAUAUAUCAUUCUGUUCAUAUCUAUCUAUCUAUCUAUCUAUCUAUCUAUCUAUCUAUCUAUCUCCAUGUUUGUAUCUAUCAAUCGAUCGAUCUAUACCUAUCUCUUCCCAUCUAUCUAUAUAUGAAAUCUAUCUAUCUAUCUAUCUAUCUAUCUAUCUAUCUCAUAUUACUGAUUUUCAACUGUUCAUUUAAUCGACAAAUGACAUCUAUCUAUCUAUCUAUCUAUCUAUCUAUCUAUCUAUCUAUCUAUCUAUCUACACACACACACACGCAAAUAUCUUGUCUGUUCAUUAUCUAUCUAUCUAUCUAUCUAUCUAUCUAUCUAUCUAUCUAUCUAUCAGUCUCUUUAGUACCUAUCUACCUAUCUCUCUAUCAAUCUAUCUAUAUAAUGCUUUUCCAAGCGCUUCGUUUCUUUCUUUCUUUCUUUCUUUCUUUCUUUCUUUCUUUCUUUCUUUCUUUCUUUCUUUCUUUGCUUCGUUUCUUUCUUUCUUUUUUCCCUUUUUUUCUACUACUUUCUUCCACAUUCUUUCCUUUCUCUCAUUCAUUAUACCUUUUCUUUAUUCUUUAA